AUGCCUCUGUCACUGCGUGCUCUUUUUUGUUUUUCCUUUUCCCGAAGUUUUGACAGCAUUGAAAAAACUCCAAACAAUGGAAACAAUGCCAUUCGUUUGAGAUCAAUCCGCAGGACUGCCACCAGGGCUUGCGUUCCUAGUCCUCGGCUGAAAGAACUGUCCGCUCCCAGAUCCUUGUCUCCUUCCCCUCCCUCGGAGUCAGAUACCGCUAGCACAUGUACGUGGACGUGCUCUCAUGCAUCAGACACAGAGACAAGAGUCACCGCUACUUCUGCAACCGGUGAGGGCUUUUCCACGACUUCCGGGGCGCUUACCAAGCUGCCGACUUUCCCGCGUCAUGAAGGAGGUCCACCAUACGUUCCCAUCCUACAGGCAGAUGGGACGCUAAAGCCGCCACAGAUUUCAUUCGAUGGAUACGGUCUAUUUGGGGGCUGGUUCGCACCAGAAUCCAUAAUGGGGUUUCUCAUCGAGCUGACAGGCUUCUUUGAAGCUACAGUCUCGGAUCCGUCCUUUUGGAACGAGUAUGCCACAUACCAACGACCGCAACAUACUCCUCUCCAAAUGGCAAGGAAGCUGACAGCCUUGGCUGGAGGUGCAACUAUAUGGCUUAAAAGGGAAGAUCAAAAUGAUUAUGGCAGCCAUAAAACUCGCAAUAUUAUCGGUCAGCUCCUAUUAGCUCGACGAAUGGGCGUCGCCGAGAUAGUCACCGACUGCGCCUCUGCCAAACAUGGAAAUUUUACAGCGGCAAUGUGCGCACGACUUGGGCUACGCUGUGUCAUUGUCAUGGGCGCAGAUGACGCACAGGCUCAGCCAGAGGAUGUUCUGGAAAUGAAGAUGCUGGGAGCCAAGGUCUUGACCGCACGAACCCCAUCUGGUAUGGGUUCCCUGCGUGCUGCAAUCACAGAAGCAUUCAGCUAUUCAGUUCGCAACUAUGAAACCACCUACUAUCUCAUGGGUGGUCCUGUGGGCCCUAGCCCUCUUCCAACCAUAACUCGUACAUUUCAGGCAUUAUUAGGCGAGGAAGUUGCAGCUCAGAUGCACAAGGCGACCGGCUGCCAGCCGGACGCGAUCGUAACUGCUGUGGGAAGCGGCAGUGGUGCUGUUGGUAUAUUCAGGCCCUUUCUUGAGAGUCCUGGUGUUCGACUAAUUGGUGUUGAGGCUGCGAAUGCGGCCGCCUUGACUAAAGGCAGCAUUGGUGUCCUUCAAGGGGCACGAACGUUAAUGCUCCAAAACCAUGACGGCCAGAUCAUUGAUUCGCAAUCGAUUUCUCCAGACAUGAACCUUUCAACUGUGGGGCCUGAAGUCGCUCAUUGGAAGGAGAGUGGUCGCGUUGAAAUACGGACCGCCACAGAUGCGGAUGCCCUGGACGGGUUCAAAAGUUUGCAACACCACGAGGGGUUUCUGCCUGGACUGGACUCGAGUCACGCGGUGAACAGGGCAAUUGAAAUUGCGAAAGAGCUUGGACCUGGAAAAAAUCUCGUUCUUCUAGUAACGGGCUGUGAUACGAUUGGUAUACGAGGGUUGUAUGUUUGA